AUUGCCGAGUCAUGGAUGAGGAUUCAGGCAACAAGGACAGAGAUAGCCAGUGUGUCUAUGAGCGGCACUCGCAUUGUGUCCAUGCAGUUGUUGUUGUUUUUGCUGUUUUCUGUUUUUUGUACAUAAUUUGAACGCCGGUGUUAGCGGCUAAGCCAUCAGCCAACCAGCAGCUGUGUGUUUUGUGCUCGUUUGAAGUGAAACGCUUCUGUUACUGACAAGUGAAGAACGUGUGGAGUUGACAACACUUGCUGCUGAAAAUAAGCUGCAGCCAUGGUGUUAGUAAAGAGCUACUGUGAAGCCAACUCCUCCAUCUCCAAAACAUGGCUGGAUGAAGGUAUCUCGCCCUGUUUCUACUUCACCCUGGUCCCCACCAUCCUCCUCUCCAUCGCCUUCUUCCUUGGCACCAUCUACUGCAUAGGAUACCAGAAAUAUGGCACGGCCAUGGAACCCAAGUUCAUCCCACGCUCCUCUCUCUAUCGCUUCCAGUUUUCCAUCUCUGUCCUUCUCUUAGCCCAGUUUUUGGGUGGAUUGUUGUGGCAAAUCAUCACAGCUGCUACUGCCACUGGAAUAGAGCUCCCAGGCUACGUUGUGCUCUACAGCUGCUUCUCAACACUGGGUUGGGCCUGGGCUACGGUCCUGCUCACCGUGGAGAGACAUAGGGUCCUGGUGAUGGACAGGACCAGGGGCCACAGCACCUUCCUGCUGUUGUUCUGGGCUCUUGCUUUUUCAGCAGAAAACCUGGCCUUUGUCUCUUGGUAUAGUCCUCACUGGUGGUGGCGGCUGGACAGCACUGAACACAAGGUGCAGUUUUCCCUCUGGCUCAUCCGCUACAUCAGCACUGGGCUGCUCUUCAUCCUUGGCCUCAGAGCUCCAGGCCUGCCAAGGAAACCUUACAUGUUGCUGAUAAAUGAAGAUGAGCGGGACGUGGAGAACAGUGGACAGUCUCUGCUGGGUGGACGACAACAGAACCAGUCAACAUGGCAGGGAUUCAGAAAGAAGGUCCGUCUGCUCAUGUCCUACAUGUGGCCCAAAGGAAACAUCUUGCUGCAGAUGCUUGUCGUCUUCUGUGUGGGUCUGCUGGGAGCUGAAAGGGCCAUCAAUGUCUUCGUGCCUAUUUACUACAAGAAUAUAGUGGAUGGACUGACAGAUGGAAGCAGCUGGCACACUGUUGCUACCACAGUCUGUGUUUAUGUCCUGCUCAAGUUCUUGCAGGGCGGAGGUGCAGGAGCCUCGGGCUUCGUCAGCAACAUGAGGUCCUUCAUGUGGAUCCGUGUACAGCAGUUCACCAACCGCGUGGUUCAAGUGCAACUAUUUGCCCACCUACACGCGCUCUCGCUGCGCUGGCAUCUGGGCCGCAAAACCGGGGACGUGCUGAGGAGCAUCGACCGUGGCACCUCCUCCAUCAACAGCCUGCUGAGCUACAUCGUCUUCAGCAUUUUUCCAACCAUUGCUGACAUCAUCAUCUCCAUUAUCUACUUUGUCACAUAUUUUAACGCAUGGUUUGGUCUCAUUGUCUUCGUCUGCAUGGCCCUGUAUCUGACCCUAACCAUCAUUAUCACUGAGUGGAGGACGAAGUACAGGCGAGACAUGAAUCAGCAGGACAAUGAGGCCAGGUCCAAGGCUGUGGACUCACUGUUGAACUUUGAGACGGUAAAAUACUACAAUGCAGAGAACUACGAGGUCGGACGCUUUGAGGAUGCCAUCUUGAAAUAUCAGGAGUCUCAGUGGAAAACCCAGGCGUCGUUGGCGUUACUCAACCAAACACAGAACAUCAUCAUCGCCUCUGGUCUGCUGUCUGGCUCUCUGCUCUGUGCCUAUUUUGUUACUGAGGGAAAGUUCCAGGUUGGAGAUUUUGUUCUGUUUGGCACCUACAUCAUCCAACUGUGCACACCGCUCAACUGGUUCGGCACCUACUACUCAAUGAUCCAGAAUUCCUUCAUUGACAUGGAAAACAUGUUCAGUCUUUUUGAGGAAGAGGAGGAGGUGAAAGAUGAAGUAAACGCAGGGAAUCUUGUCUACAGACACGGAAAGGUGGAGUUUGAGAAUGUUUUCUUCAGCUACAGAGAUGGUAAAGAAAUCCUGAAGGAUGUUUCCUUCACUGUCCUGCCAGGGCAGACCGUGGCCCUGGUUGGACCCUCAGGUUCUGGGAAAAGCACAGUCAUAAGACUGCUCUUUCGCUUCUAUAACAUUCAGGGAGGCUGCAUAAGCAUUGACGGCCAGGAUAUAUCAACGGUGAAGCAGUCAUCACUGCGCGCUCAUAUCGGCGUGGUCCCUCAGGAUACUGUGCUGUUCAAUGAUGACAUUCGCAAUAAUAUUCGCUACGGGCGCAUUUCCGCCACUGAUCAGGAGGUGGAGGAGGCGGCCAUAGCUGCAGACAUCCAUGACAGAAUCAUGACCUUCCCUGAAGGUUAUGACACACAGGUCGGAGAACGGGGUCUGAAACUGAGUGGAGGAGAGAAGCAGAGAGUGGCCAUCGCCAGGACCAUCCUCAAAGCACCACAGAUCAUCCUGUUGGAUGAGGCUACUUCUGCAUUAGACACACAAACAGAACGCAACAUCCAGGCUUCACUGAACAAGGUCUGUGUCAAUCGCACUACAAUCGUUGUGGCUCACAGGUUAUCCACCAUCAUCGGGGCAGACCAGAUUCUGGUUUUAAACGAGGGCCAGAUUGCUGAGCGAGGACGUCAUGAUGAGUUGCUCACAAAGGGGGGUUUGUACGCUGACAUGUGGAUGAAGCAGCAACAGGCCCAGGACACUGAUUCAUCCUCUGAUACAGAAGCCAAAGAUCACACGUCUGAGAAACUGCAGCCACCGUCUGCUUCUGCUGGUCACCAUCACUGACUGUUUCCCAGUGCUCUAACUGUGCUUUUAAACAUCCAGACUUAAACAGACAUUUUAUUUAUGCUGCAGAACCUGAUGAGGUGUAAAUGUUUUUUUUUUUAUUAAUGUAAGGGUUUUUUAUGUUAAGUUGCACUGGAGAAAAGGGAAGUACCCUUAACAGAAAUGUGGAGGAGUCAGGGUAUUAAUACCUCAUCAAACUGCUCUACAAACAACAAGGUUAAAUCCAAGUCCAUCUGGGCCUCUGUAGACCACACAUGGUCUCGUGGUCUGUAACCCAGAGUUUAGAACGCAUUUGCAGAUUAGCCCCAAAAAGAAAAAGAAAAAACGUCUCUGCUAUUCAACUGAGAAAUAUAUUGUUUUGCUGCAGAUUAUUAACAUCAAUAAAAACAUAUUGAAUAUUAUGAUAACCUUAUACGGCCUUAGCAUCAAUAACGUAUGGUUCAUAACUUUAAACCCAUCCAUCCAUCCAUCCAUCCAUCCAUUUUCAUCCGCUUAUCCGUUACCGGGUCGCGGGGGCAGCAGUCGCCACCCAAAUCACAUUGCACCGUACCAAACCUUCCUGCGGGUGGUGAGUCCACUGGAAUAACUUUAAACCAUAACCACAUUUGUUAGAGAAGUUGGCACACGUCCUAAAAAUACAAAUUUAUUAUUUGUAAUGCAUUUUAUUGCAUUUUUACUGUCCAAACUAGUUCUGUUUAGUUAACACAAAUGCAGAAAAGUACCUGCAGAAAGGUCUAGUUCACCCCAAGGUGUCACUUUGUUUUCUUCUAUUUGCUUUUUUAGCAUUUUCAAACCUCAAAAUGUCAACUGUUGUGUCUUUAAUAUUGCUUUUUUUCUCCUGAGUUGGAGAAUUAAGCAGCUUAAUAGUCAGUGGUAAACCAUUAUCUGGUGGUGCAGACAGAUUAGAGGCAGCCCAGUCAAGUACAGAAUUUUCUUUUUAUUACAUUGUUAGAAUACAGACUUAUUCUUUUGAAAUAAGGUUUCUAUUGUUUUAGUGAGAACUGCCUUCAGGUAAAUUAAGGGUGUUAUAACACCAAACAUGUCAUUGUUGGUUUGUGCUGAUUAUUAAAACAAAGUCAACUUUGCACACAGAGUGAAAAACACUAUUGAUGGCAUUAAAAUGUAUAUAUAAUGCUGAAAGACAUGCUCAUGACAAUUUACCAGGGAUUUUAUUAGUGCAGUUUAUAAUUAAUUUAUAUAUGAGCUUUUACUGGUGAGGUGUUCUGUUAUCAGGUGUUUUUAAACGUCAGUCUUUAUUCUUAUCACUACGAUGAAGUGUGUGCUCUGGUGUUACUGCUGUCAUUUAUUAUAUACAUAUUUAAAUUAAAUAUCCUAUAAAGACAAUUUAAUUUUAUAAUGUUUAUAAAUAGAACCUAAUAAACAGUCAGAUCUAAGCCAGUUUAAGGAGAUGAAAAAAGAUGAAAUUCAAAUGACCAUCAGCGUGAAUGGCAAAGAAUGUAAUUUCACCAUUGACCGUUGCAGGCCUACCUCAGAGAGGAUAUUGUCCAUUUAUAUAUUUUGUUUUGUUUUUUAAACACUUAUGUUGUUUUUACGUGUGAAUCAGGCUGUAAAAUUGUAUAUGAUCAAUAUUCUGUGUUUGAGAAUAAAGCUAAACGAAACUAUUAAAAAAACGUGAACACGUGAAAAACAA